UUGAAACAAACUAAAGGAACAAUGCUGGCGACACGGGCAUCCCUGUGGGGCUCACUCCUCCUGAUAAUAGGAGCGACUAUUUUGCAGAUAUCCGACGCUCAAAAUGAAAACGUUCGGCUCGUUGGAGGUGAAAAUGCCUACGAAGGUCGUAUUGAGGUUCUACACGACGGCGCAUGGGGAACGGUUUGUGACGACUCCUUCACAGAUGUUGACGCACAGGUGGCUUGCCGCUCUCUUGGACUGACCGGGGGAGUCGCGCACUCGCAGGCACACUUCGGGCAAGGAAGUGGGCAGAUUUUGAUGGAUAACCUAGCGUGCGAUGGAACGGAGAACGCUCUUGACGAGUGUGGCCACAACGGAUGGGGCUCACACAACUGUGGGCAUCACGAAGACGCCGGCGUGGCAUGCGAAGCACCGGCUGAACCCGAACCUGACAUUCGGCUUGUUGGAGGCGCCAAUGCUUUUGAAGGGCGCGUAGAGAUUAAACACAACGGAGUAUGGGGAACGGUCUGUGAUGACUCCUUUUAUGACAGUGACGCCGAAGUGGUCUGCCGUUCGCUGGGACUGAGUGGUGGAUCGGUCCGAUGCUGUGCAACGUUCGGUCAAGGGACCGGGCCGAUUUUGCUGGAUGAUGUAACAUGCAGCGGAUACUCUGAAGACUCGCUUGGUGAUUGCGAUCACAGGGGAUGGGGAAGCCACAACUGCGGGCACAGCGAAGAUGUGGGAGUCGUAUGCGAACCAGCAAAUGAUUAUUCAUCCUACGAUUAUUCAUCUGAUUACUCAUCCUACGAUUAUUCAUCCUACGAUUACUCAUCCUACGACUAUUCGUCCGAUUACUCAUCCUAUGAUUACUCAUCCUACGAUUAUUCUUCCGACUACCCAUCCUACGAUUACUCAUCCUACGAUUAUUCAUCCUACGAUUACUCAUCCUACGACUAUUCGUCGGAUUAUUCAUCCUAUGAUUAUUCAUCCUACGACUAUUCGUCCGAUUACUCAUCCUAUGAUUACUCAUCCUAUGAUUAUUCUUCCUACGAUUACUCAUCCUACGAUUACUCAUCCUACGAUUACUCAUCCUACGAUUACUCAUCCUAUGAUUAUUCAUCCUACGAUUAUUCGUCAUACGAUUAUUCAUCGUAUGAUUAUUCAUCCUAUGAUUACUCAUCCUACGAUUACUCAUCCUACGAUUACUCAUCCUAUGAUUACUCAUCCUACGACUACUCAUCCUACGAUUACUCAUCCUACGAUUAUUCAUCGUACGCUGAACCCGAACCUGACAUUCGGCUUGUUGGAGGCGCCAAUGCUUUUGAAGGACGCGUAGAGAUCAAACACAACGGAGUAUGGGGAACGGUCUGUGAUGACUCCUUUUAUAACAGUGACGCCGAAGUGGUCUGCCGUUCGCUGGGACUGAGUGGGGGAACGGCCCGAUGCUGUGCAGCGUUCGGUCAAGGGACAGGGCCGAUUUGGCUGGAUGAUGUAACAUGCAGCGGAUACUCUGAAGACUCGCUUGGUGAUUGCUAUCACAGGGGAUGGGGAAGCCACAACUGCGGGCACAGCGAAGAUGUGGGAGUCGUAUGCGAACCAGCAUAUGAUUAUUCAUCGUAUGAUUAUUCAUCGUACGAUUACUCAUCCUACGAUUAUUCGUCCGAUUACCCAUCCUACGUUUAUCCAUCGUACGAUUACUCAUCCUAUGAUUACUCAUCCUACGACUACUCAUCCUACGAUUAUUCAUCCUACGAUUACUCAUCAUACGAUUAUUCAUCGUACGAUUACUCAUCCUACGAUUAUUCGUCCGAUUACCCAUCCUACGAUUACUCAUCCUACGAUUAUUCAUCCUACGAUUACUCAUCCUACGAUUACUCAUCCUACGAUUACUCAUCCUACGAUUACUCAUCCUACGAUUAUUCAUCGUACGCUGAACCCGAACCUGACAUUCGACUUGUUGGAGGCGCCAAUGCUUUUGAAGGGCGCGUAGAGAUUAAACACAACGGAGUAUGGGGAACGGUCUGCGAUGACUCCUUUUAUAACAGUGACGCCGAAGUGGUCUGCCGUUCGCUGGGACUGAGUGGGGGAACGGCCCGAUGCUGUGCAGCGUUCGGUCAAGGGACCGGGCCGAUUUGGCUGGAUGAUGUAACAUGCAGCGGAUACUCUGAAGACUCGCUUGGUGAUUGCUAUCACAGGGGAUGGGGAAGCCACAACUGCGCGCACAGCGAAGAUGUAGGAGUCGUAUGCGAACCAGCAUAUGAUUAUUCAUCGUAUGAUUAUUCAUCGUACGAUUACUCAUCCUACGAUUAUUCAUCCGAUUAUUCAUCCUACGAUUAUUCAUCAUACGAUUACUCAUCCUACGAUUAUUCGUCCGAUUACUCAUCCUACGAUUACUCAUCCUCUGAUUAUUCAUCCUACGAUUAUUCAUCAUACGAUUACGUGUUGCAUUCUAGUUGCCGAUCCGAUCAGUUCGAAUGCUACAACGGUGAAUGUAUACCAGGUGCUUGGAUAUGUGAUCACGACAACGACUGUAGUUACGGAGAGGACGAAUACAAUUGUGAUUACCCACCGACUUCAUGGCCAACAUGGGAACCGGAGACUACCGAGUCUAAUAAUUUGCCACCAUGGACAACAGAGACAUACGGUUGUGGACCCGAUCAGUUCCAGUGCUACAACGGUAAUUGUAUUCCAGACUACUGGCAAUGUGAUUAUAUCAACGAUUGCUCAUACAACGAGGACGAACAAAAUUGUGGUGAAUACACGACAUAUUCAUGGGAACCGGAAACUACCGAGUCUUAUGGAUGUAUGCCUGACGAAUUCAGCUGUUCCAAUGGUUAUUGUAUCCCUCAUUAUUGGGUUUGUGAUCAUUAUAGCGACUGUCUCAAUAACGAAGAUGAAGAAUAUUGCGAUUACCCCACUCCAAAUCCUGCAGGCCAUUUCGUAUGCUCAGACGGCGCUGUUAUACCAAGCAGCGAGCAAUGCAACGGAUACGUCGACUGCUCCGACCACUCAGAUGAGGCAUUCUGUGGACCAACUUGCCAAUGGUAUGAAGAAUUCGAAUGCGCGGAUGGCAUGUGCAUAUCGAGCGACCAGUUCUGCAAUGGCGUAGUCGAUUGCCCAUUAUAUGGCGAGGACGAGUGGUAUUGUGACUACGAUUAUAGUUCCUGGUCCUAUUAUGAUUCCUAUUCCGACUAUUGGCCUUCGUACUCCUACUGGCCCUCCGAACCUGAGAGUGGUACCUGUGUAAACAUGUGCUCCUGCGGCGAGACCGGCGACGGCGGGAUCGACCAAUGUAGAUCAGGAGACUGCUACUGUGAUGAUAUCUGCAAACGUUUCGGCGACUGUUGCUCAGAUAAGGACUACUUCUGCCCAGUGGAAGGACUGGAUGGCGGCCUAUACUACAUUGAGAAAGUCCAGGAUCUACCGGUUCACGUCCGACGACGACGCGCAGCUGAAGGACAAAAGCGCCGAGCUCGCCGAUCAGUCCCUAAAGAGGUCGACCAGGAAAGAGCCCGAAGACUAGAGGACCAAGCGAAGCGCCUUGAGGGACGCCGAGCUCGCGCUGCGGAGAAGGCAAGACAAGUUCGACAAGCCGAAGCCUAAUAUCCCAGUGUGGAAAGAUGCAUCAGCUUGCUAGAUGAUUAGAUCAACGUUCACAUCAAAAUGAAAUUACAGUUUCACAUAAUUACAUCACACAAAUAUAUACAAUUAGUUACACAAAAUUACAGUUACAAUUAUAUCAUUCAUGUGGAUACUCCCCAACUUGAGAUUUUGUAAGCAUGUUUUUGUCCUGGCUCAUGAUUUGUUCUUUAGUAGAUGAAAGAGAUUCACAGCUCACUUUAAUUUGUCUUAUUGAGUAAGAAUACACAAAGACAUCUUAAAGCCUGUCCAUAAAAGACGUUACAAUGCACGUGUGUGUAACAAUCUCUACCAAAAAUACCAGAUCACUCAAUUAACUACAAAAUUAUAUUGCUUUUAUAAAUAUAAUUCGUGACGCCGGGACAAUAGAUUGUGAUGAACGAAAGUACUGUACAAGACAACAAAUUAAAAUUAUUACUUCGAUUUGUGGCAUCAAUCACAUUGUAAAUAGAAAUAUAAUAUAUAAACAUUAAUGAUAUAUUGUCGUGUAAUUUCAUGGUAAAUUAAGUUUAUUCCUCUUUCCAAGAAAGGAGUAAAUCCAUUACGCUGCUGUGCGGGUAUUGGUCUCCGUUUCUUUGUUCUUGUUAAUUGAAUAAAUUAUU